AUGUCCUUUUUUGGCUUUGAUACAAGCUUACCUCCAAACGGUCAAAAAGCUGAUGAACUUGGUAACGAAUUGGAUUUUGAAGAUACGUAUCAAGGGUUUGGUGAGCAUGAACAGGAAGAAGAUGAUUAUUUAAAUUCAGAAACCUUUGGUGAUGGUGCAGAUCUAGGUAAUGACUUUGAUUUUGGGUAUGGAAAGGGAGCUCUAGAAGUAGCAAGUGCUAGGUCAUCUGAGGUACAACCUACAAUUUCCUAUGCGACCGCAGCGUCCCAACAGCGUCAAAAAUUUGAUGAAAAUGUUGAUUUGAAGCCGAUGGAAUCAUUGUGGGGGAAUCAGCCGAUGCCGCAGGAUGGAAUGCGACCUGCUGAUCAGCAUCCACUUGCUGCACAGCAGGUGGUAGGGCAGAAGCAGCAACCUGUUUCACAACAAGGUCAGAUGGCAAUGCCUCCAUCAUUUAUCGGGAUGCCACCUCAAGGAAUGCCUGUAACAGGUUAUGGAUUUGCGCCCCAAGGCUAUGUCCAACAGCCUCCUCAACAGUACCAGUACACCCCCCAAGGAAUGCCUGCUCAAUUCCCACAAGCUGUCCCACCUCAAUUCCAGCAAAUGCUAAUGAUGAUGAAUCAACCUCAGCAGCAAGGUCAGCAGCCAUCACAGGCGCAAAUGCAUCAAAUUGCUAUGCCACCUCCACCUCCUGGUUUACAAGGUGAAAUGCCUCCCAAACAAAUCCCACAACCUGAACAACAACAGCAACAGCAACAGCAACAACCUCCUCAGUCUAAAACCCACGCCCAGCAGCAAAUGUUAAUGAUGUCUGCUCAACAGGCUACGCCAAAGAUGCCUGAACAGCUUUUGUCGCCACCAACACAAACUACUUCAUUGUCCCAAGGACCACCAUGUCCAGCCCCAGUAGCACAAAAUCAAGUGCCAACACCGCCACAUACUCCAAGAGAGUUUCGCCGUGGUACUGUUAGAAAACAUCAUGAACCUUUAACGGAGGAAGAGCAGAAGCGCUUCCAAAUUCGUCAGGCAAAGGUUGACAAAAUUUUAAAGCACUCCGGUGUUAUGACUCCUCGUGACAAGGACUUUAUCACAAGAUACCAACUAUCACAGAUUGUGACUGAGGACCCAUACAAUGAGGAUUUCUAUUUCCAGGUUUAUAAGAUUAUUCAGCGCGGUGGAAUUGUCGGUGAAUCCAACAAGGGCUUAAUUGCAAGAGCGUAUUUGGAGCACUCCGGUCAUCGUCUUGGUGGCCGUUACAAACGUGCAGAUGUGGCUUUACAAAGAAUGCAAUCACAAGUUGAAAAAGCAGUUACUGUUGCUAAGGAAAGGCCACAGAAGAACAAGGAUUUAGAUAGCUGUAAGGAGGGUGUUCUAGGAAAGAUUUCAUCAGCUAUGAAUUCAAGAGCGCCUCGUAGACAAUUGCAGAUCCCAACACACAAAGAUGACGAAUCUGAUUUGGAUGAACAGUCUGUUUCAUCCUCCAGUGCAUUGGACGAAGUUACUCAUUCCCUAGAAGGAGUCGAUAUCAAUAAAUCAAAAGCAAGAAGAAGGUCUUCCUAUAUUUCAAGCUCGAUAGAUCAAGGAUCCGUUUUAUCUCGUUCGGGAGGUAGAAAAUUUGUUCUGUCCUUGAUAGAAUCUAUCUACGAGGAAGUUUUAGAACUAGAAGCCCAACUAAGAAGCGGUAAGCAACCAGAAGCCACCAAGCUAUGGGAAGCUUUGCAUAUUGACGAUGAUGCGCACGAAGUGAGUCCUUUCAUUUCCAUUUUAUCGUUUGACAAGGGUGUGAAGAUCAUGCCCCGCAUAAUGAACUUCCUCUCUAAGGACCAAAAGAUGCGGUUAUUCUCCUGCUUUUUCAGUGAAUUAUCGCACCUCAACAUCAUUGUUAAAAGUUCUUUCAGAAUGAACCCAGACCCUACAGAUUUCCAAUUGAAGAGAAUCGAGCUAUUCCAGUCUGCGUUCCUAAAGAUCAUCGUUUCUUUCUUAUCCAGCAGCGCCGAAUUUAUUGAGGUUAUGAGGCUAGUGCUGUGUUUGAUAAAGAGCAACAGUAUCUCUCUUAUUAGUACAUCCAAGAUUGCAUUGAAUUUGAUCACAGUUUUGAUCUCGCGUGCAGCAUUGAUUAAGCAAGAUAUUAACGGAGGCAGUUCCUCAACAGAAAUUUCAACCUGGAAUGAGGUAUACGAUAAACUUUUCACCUCAUUAGAAGCGAAGCUACUUGCAGUUUUCCCUCCAAAGGAAUAUAUGGACAAGAUAAUCGCCCUUACAACUGCACAGCAGCAAAACGCUCCAAGUUCUAGUGGCAAUAAAACACCUUUAUCGCAGAAGCAAACCCCACAGUUCUACGACCAGUCAUACAUAUGGCAAUUUUUCGCUUCUUUAGCACUGUCAGGAAAGUUGAAUCAUCAAAGAAUUAUUAUUGACGAAAUCAGGGAUGAAAUAUUUGGUACCAUAACAAAGGCAGAAGAAUUAGGAAAGCAGUCUCAAGAUCCUGUAUACGCAUAUCAAAAAGAUAAGAUGUAUCAAGACUUGAAUUUAUUCUUAAAUGUUAUUGGCUUAGUUGCUCGCGAUGGUGAAAUCAGCGAACUAAGGUAG